CAACACAAUCAGCUUAUGAAGAUUAUAAAAGGAUAGUUCGUGUGAGCCUGAGGGGUACCCUGUCGUCUAUAUCAAGGGUAGCGGACGUGAAACGCGUUACACACUGCUCAUCCGAGCAUCGUUUUGAACAGCAUCAUCAUCUUUUGGGUAACUAAGCCAGCGAAGAAUAUUCUCCAAUCAGAAAUUUGAAUGAGCAUUGUACAACAAACCCAGGGUAGUCUACGGAACAAAGUCAGACACUUGAAUUUUGAUUACUGACGACAUUUGAACAAAAACAAAAAAGGAUGAAGUUCCUUAGUGGUUUGGCUGGCUUUGCUAUGACUAUAACUGUCAUCUACUGUUCUUCUGAUUCUGAUACCUGGGAGAAGUACAAGAAAAAACACGGAAAGGAUUACAACAUAGCUGCUGAUGGUGGAAAGCAGGAUGCAAUGCGUAAGGAAUUGUUUCUCAACAAAACUCGGAUAAUUGAACAACACAACAGCGAAAAAUUUACGUCUUUUAAGAGAGAAAUCAACAAGUUUUCCGAUAUGUUGCCCGCAGAAUUAGCGAAAUAUCUCGGUAUUAAACCUUCGCUUGCUCCCCCCAUUUGGCUGAUGGACUCUAUUAGCACCGACCUGUACAAUCGCCGGCGACCUGCUGCUACAUUGGACUACCGUAAUCACAAUUGUAUGCCGCCAGUUAAAAACCAAGGACAAUGCGGAAGCUGCUGGGCUUUCGCUUCCACCACUCCACUUGAAUUUGCUACAUGUAUGAAACGUGGACGAUCGGUUCUUUUAAGUGAGCAGCAACUAGUUGAUUGCGAUAAAACUAAUGGCGGAUGUGACGGCGGUUGGUACACCUCGGCUUGGAUUUACAUAUGGAAGGCCUGGGGAUCUGCUAAACAAUCGCUAUAUCCUUACAACGCCCAGGAAAACACGUGCACAUAUUCUUGGUUCAUGAGGGACGCCAAAGUGUUCACCUAUCGUUACGCUCCGUCUAAAAACAUGUUAGCUAUGCAGCAAGCCAUUGAGAAGUACGGACUUCUUGCAACAGCUUUCACAGUUGUCGAUUCAUUCAGUUCUUACGCGAAUGGCGUAUACGACGACAACGCGUGUGACGGGCAGCCUGUUAACCACGCGAUAGUCAUCGUCGGCUGGGACACGCUCAACGGAGUGGACUACUGGAUUGCACGCAAUUCGUGGGGACCCGACUGGGGCAAAAAUGGUUACAUUUACGUAAAACGUGGAGUCAACAAAUGCGGCAUCGAAACUUAUCCUGCUUAUCUUUUGGCAUUCUGAGCGUUCAUUGCAAAACCUAAGCCGUUUCAACCUAUUUAAAGCUCAAUUCCUGUAUGUGUUUACACUGCCUGAUAACAUGUUCUAAAAACCCAAUCAAAAUCUAGUUUUCCUUGAUAGUUAAAAAUUAAAAACAAAUGAAUUACUACGCAUAAAAUGUGUCGAUUUACUGACCCAAGUACACCCGGAAAUUGAAUUCUA